CUCUCUAAAAAAAAAAAAUUCUUUCUUUCAUUUAUAAGUGCUUUUGAGCGGAGAAUUUUGUGGAAGAGAAGCAAAAAGCAAUCUCUUGGGUUAUUUUUGUUCAUUUAAAGAUUUGGGUCUCUGGGGUUCUUUCAAAGUAAUAGAAAAAAAAAGGGUCUUUGAGGUUUUUUGUAUAGUUCUUUGAAGAGAAAACAAGAAAAGAAAGAAAAAGGAAGGGAAUUGAAGGUUUCUAAGAAAUGGUUUUUAUGUGUGAGAUUUACUUCACGGGCGGAAAGUUGGAAGGAGAGUGGGAGAAGGAGAGAUAAUAGGAACAAAAAAAAGAAACAUUUAAUUUGCCAAACAAGCCAUAGUAGCAGAAGUAGAAAAGGGAGAUUUUAAGCAAGAACAACAACAAAAACUUUUGUUUCUUCUUCUCAGUUGGUUUAAUCUUUGGCAGCCUCAAAUAUAUAUAUAUAUAUAUAUAUAUAUAUAUAAAGGAAACUGAAAGUACAUAAUUAGCUGCAUUUAAAUGAUGAUAUUUGGCUUGUAUGAACACAGUUUUCAAUCAUAAUGGCAAAACUGCUUAAUCCUCUGUUUUUAGUUGAGAAAAAGAAUGAGAAUUUAUUGGUUUAGUUGUUGAUAAUGCAAAUGCCAGCUAAAUAUUAGGACUUGCUGGCAAUGUCUGCUACAAUGAUCAGUGACCCAAUGGUGGUAUCAGCACCAGCUCCAGAAACCCAAGCAACAUCACCAAAACUUGUUGCACAAAGUGAAGUUGAGUUUGCUAAAUGCGAUUGCUGUGGACUAACCGAGGAGUGUACCCCAGCAUAUAUCGAAAGGGUACGCGAACGGUAUCAAGGAAAAUGGAUAUGUGGCCUUUGUGCUGAAGCCGUCAAAUAUGAGACUAUAAGGACAGAAAGGCUUAUUAGUACUGAGGAAGCAAUGGCUAGGCACAUGACUUUCUGCCAAAAAUUUGUCUCCCCAGGACCGCCUCCUGAUCCUACAGUUCUUUUGAUAUCUGCUAUGAGAAGUAUUCUUAGAAGAAGUUUGGAUUCUCCAAGAGGUUUAAGAUCAACCCCAAAUAGUCCUACCAGAAAGGUUGGUGCAAUUCGGGGUCCGGGGCUUACCAGGUCUGGAAGUUGGUUCCCUACCCUGUCCGGUUGAUGAAGGUAAACAUUGGGGGGAAUUUGAUUUGAUAUGCUGCAAAAAAAGAGAAAAAGGCUCAUGGGUGUUUGGCGAGAUACAUGUGAUUCUCAUACUUGAAAGAGUUGGAUUCAAGUUCGUCAUUCCUAAUUGUAUCAUUGAUUAAAAAGAAAAAGAGGAAAGAAUUAAAAAUGAAGCAAAAGAAGAAAAAGGAAAAUGAGAUUGAUGUUUAAGUUUAGACUAAGAAGCUUAUGUAGAUUUUCAAUGUCAAAUAUAGAAUUCCUCUGUUGUUAGAAAUCUAAUUCUUCUUUCGGAUAAUUGAAGUUCUCUUUUUCAUUCUUUGAAUCUGCUUGCUCAUACCAAAGCAACAGAUUUUGCAUU